CCCCGCCCCCGCCCACCCAUGGAGACCCCUGGACUGGUGCAUGGGCAAGCUGAGCCCUUUUCCAAAGCCCUCCGAAGCCUCAUCAACAACCGCCUGUACAGUGAUGUUCGCUUUGUGGUCGGUCAAGAACGGCAGGAGGUGUUUGCCCACCGGUGCUUGCUGGCCUGUAGAUGCAACUUUUUCCAGCGACUUCUGGGCCCAGAGCCAGGCCCUGGGGUGCCUAGCCCGGUGGUGCUGAGCACCAUACCAGCGGAGGCCUUCCUGGCAGUGCUGGAGUUCUUGUACACCAACAGUGUCAAGCUGCACCGCCAUUCUGUGCUGGAGGUGCUGACAGCCGCGGUGGAGUAUGGGCUGGAGGAACUGAGAGAGCUAUGCCUGGGGUUUGUGGUGAAGGUGCUGGACGUGGAGCUGGUUUGUGAGGCCCUGCAGGUGGCUGUAACCUUUGGCCUGGGACCUUUGCAGGAGCGUUGCAUAGCCUUCGCAGAGGCCCACAGCCAGGAAGCACUUCGGACCCGUGGCUUCCUGGAGCUGUCAGCGCCCGCGCUGCUGCUCCUGCUGCGCAGUGACAAGCUCUGCGUGGAUGAGGCUGAUCUGGUCCUGGCGGCCCGGAGCUGGGCGCGCGUGGGAGCGGUGGAGCAGAUCGUGGAGGCGUGGAAAUGCCACGCUCUGCGAAGAGGAGACGCGGCCCGAGGAGCCUCGUGCCGCCGCCGGAGGGGCACCCUGCCCCGGGAGCAUCACCGCUUUCUGGACCUGCCCUUAAAGUGACCGAAGGCCAGACCUGCCUCCUGGAGGCCGCUUUGUAACUGCCCCACGGACACCUCAGACUAUUGAGAACCGAGCCUCCUCGUCUUUCCCGGUUCCGACCCCAUGUGUGUCCCAUCUCCGUGAGCUCCGAGCCGAACCCGGGCCCUGGCCGCCUCCUCCCCUCGCGCCUGCUUCCGCCGCCUUCACAGGGACCAGGCCGCGGGAUGUGCCGGGCCCAAGUGUGCCUUUGGACAUAAGGGUUAUUUUAAGCUGCCCUUUCGUAGGGGAAGUUUGUAUUUAUAAAGGAAUCUCCAUGUGUAAGGGCGCCUCCUCUGUACCAGGAGAAGGAUGACUCCUCACGAGAAGCUCGUCGGUGGGAAAGGCGCCCCUGGGAGCCGCAGCCCUCACCUCCCGGCCCCGCUUUUCUCCCCUUUGGCGGGAGGUGGGGUUUCAGUGGGUGUUUUAGGCCGCGCAGGGACUUCCUCAUUCUCCCUGGGCCUCUCCAUGUGCACACCAAGUGUUCACGUUAAUAAACUUGUUUUUCUCCUGUUAA